AUGAACACACAACAUCAAUACAAUUCUCUACUUAUUAUGUUUUACUACAGUAUAAUGUUAAUUUGCUACAAUUUUAUUUAUUGCACAUCAGAAAAUAUGAGCAGUUAUAAACUGUUAUCAAAUACACCAACAACUAAGUAUUGCCCGUUGGACUUAAAAAAUAUAUACAGAAUUUAUGAAAAGCAUCCUGACCUGUCAGAAAUAUCAAUUUGCUGUGCAAGUAGAAUAAGUAAUAGAUUUAUGUUAACCGAGAAGGUUUGCGUAAAAAAAUUUGAUCCACAAUUUAUCAAAGUUCAAAGUUGUAACAAAAUAAUCAAGUAUCAUGUGCAAGCUUUAUACACACCACAAUUUGAUAAUAAUACUAAUGGAGUGUUAUUGAUUGAAAUCAAUGGAAUCCCUGAUACGUUCUUUAAUAAGACAACAAAUUAUUACAAUACAUUUUUUAUUGAAAAUAAUGACAAUCUCUGGGAAAAAAAACAAUGCACAAUCUAUGGGACGAGUAUUAAAUCAUCAAACAGAAUGACGUUAAAUUAUUAUGAAAAAUGGAUAACAGUGUCAAACAAUACUGUUACUGUUAAUAGAAAGUGUCAAGACACUGUUGAUGUCAAUAAUAAAUGGAUGUGCCCCAUAAGACAAGAUGUACAAUUUUGUGAAGAGGAUAUAGGUUGUCCGAUGAUGUGUGACAAUAAAAUAAUUGGAAUUGCCAGUCAAAGAUAUAAUUGGAGGACUUGGGCUAUAAAAACGGACUGUGGAAAUUUAGACGUGGAGAUCAGAUAUUUAUUUUUAAAUCAAGAAUAUGUAAAUUGGAUAAAACAAAUCAUUGGGGUAAAUCCUUAG